UCUCAGAACAAGACAGCAGCAAUGUCGAAGAUUGAAAUCAAGGAAUCCGACAUUGCAAUCCUCAUUGCCGCGAUUCAGAAUUCCGUUGGGCCUGUCCAGGUCGAUGCAGAGAGGGUUGCGAAGCAGCUGGGGAUGAGUUUAUCGACCAUUCCACCUAAGUUCACAACCCUUCGGAAACGAUACAACAUUGACAUCAAAGUGCUCAAUUCGGGUGCGCUUCAGCGCAAUCGAACCAACACGCCGAAGAAAGCAAAAUCACGAAGCAAUCUGCAAUCUGUCAAGCUGGCUCAGCCGGUAUCGUGGCCG